AUGAGGGAAGCAGUAGAGGUAGCAGGGCUUUUUGAUGAGAUGACUACACUUAUAGGACUUGGUGUCUUGAAUGUUGAUUUGAUAACAUGGCAUAAUGAUGCAAAAUCAAAUAUGACUAAUUUAAAGCUCAAUGUAACCAAAGUAUCUGUACAUUUCAUAAUGCAUGGAAAAAAAUAUCUGAUGAGCUUCAAAAUAUCCACAUAG